AGGAAAUUCAGUCUAUGCUACACGCGCAAACUCACUUGUGACGUGUCCCAUGGAGGCGCGAAAAGUAUAGUCAAACCGCCACUACCUUCAUAUAUUCAUCCCCUUUAUUGUUGGGUUAAGAAGAUUUGAUCCAUACAACAUCAAAAGCAUUUUUUUAAAUCAGAGAUAUUUUUGGAAAGUUGCCUUUUACGAAGUUUAUUUUCCAGAUUUAGAGUUUGAAUAGGAUUACUGUCUUAACUAUUAAUUACUAUAAAUAGUUGUAAUCGUUGUUUUGUUUAAAGUUUUACAGAAUAUACUUAGGCUCCAAGUAAUUCUCCUUUCUCCUGUUUUUAUACCUCUGUUUCGUUUCUCCCUGUCAUCCCCUCUUCUUCAAUUGUUCUUGUGAUCAGAGCAAGUUUCAAACACUUGCAAAUUUUACAUUCAUCAACCCCCCAAAUCUAUCCGACAAUAUCAUACGCUUUUGGGGCAAACCUGGAUCUUAGCAGACGCAAAAGAUAAAUUCAAUGGCUCUUUUUUCCUACUUCAGCUCCACCAACAGGAGCACGGAAUGGAGCAACUCCAAGAGGAUGGAUUAUAGCGUCGGUGAUAAAUUUGAAGACGCUGGAACAAGGACCUCUCUUUCUUCGAUCGCUGAUGCAUUUGAGGAAAUUUCGGAUCUGAUUAUAGCAGGAAGAAAUGGUGAUUUUGCUGUUUUGAAAUUGAAGCCUUUUUGUGAUGCGUGUUCUUUCGUUUCUGUGCUCUUCGGUUCCCUUGGCAUCGCUUUUAAAUUCGCCGAGAUGGAAUACACCUCUAAGGUGCGUGAUCUAGAAGAAGCAUCAGAACGCUAUGUGAGUUUAAGCAGUGUAGUUGAUUAUGAUGUAAAAUGGAAGACAGUGAAGUCACAUGGUAGCCAUACUCGUAAUCUUCGCAGAGUUAGACAGGGUCUUGACCUAAUUCGAGAAUUAUUCCAGAAUUUUCUAUCAACCAAUGAUUACUCCCUAAAAGAUGCAGCUUCAUCAGCAUAUCAACAAGUGUGUGCGCCAUAUCAUUCAUGGGCUGUUAGAACUGCAGUUUCUGCAGGAAUGUGUGCUCUUCCAUCAAGGGAACAACUUCUGCUCAAUUUAAAUGAAACUGAGCAAUCAGCAGCUGUGCAAAUGCGAAGAUAUAUAAAAGCGUCACUUCCGGUGAUUAAGUACAUAGAUAAUUUAUACAUUUCAAGGGGCAUCAAUUUAGAUUGGUGAUUUUGGGCAUUGUUUUUCGUGAUGAGAUGGAGAUUAUGCAUUGUCACCAUGAAAGAUGUUUAGUUUUGUAAUUUGGCGAAUUUAACACGUUGAAUUUAGUUAAAACUUUACUAAUUGGGAUUUGAUCAAUGUUGGUUUUGGAUUGUGGUGUUAGAAUGAAUAGCGAGAAUCAUUUGUUGUAUGGAUAUAUUUUCCUUUUCUCAUAUGUCGAUCAUAUCACACUUUUUCAAGUGUCACAUCACAUUCCACAAAAAAAAUGUUGGGUGUGAUAUGUUAUCUUACCAUAUUUUUUUUUAAACUUGAACU